AUGGCUACCUCCAGAUCCGCGGCGAGACUGCUCGCCUACCGACGGCCUGUUCUCUCCAUUGUGUCCUCGCCUUUCUUCGUCCCGACCGCAAACUUCUCUUCCUCGGUGAGCCGGGCUGCCACACCUUAUGGACCUCCUCCGUCGGGUUUCCGCCUUCCUCCUCCCAAGCGAUGGGAUCAAGACCCCGAGUCCUCUUUGGACAAGGCUAGCAAGUACUUCCUCAUGGCGGAGAUCUUCCGGGGAAUGUACGUUGUUUUGGAGCAGUUCUUCCGACCACCUUACACCAUCUUCUACCCCUUCGAGAAGGGCCCAAUCUCCCCUCGAUUCCGUGGUGAACACGCCCUACGACGCUACCCUACCGGCGAGGAGCGCUGCAUUGCAUGCAAGCUCUGCGAGGCUGUCUGCCCUGCCCAGGCCAUUACCAUCGAAGCUGAAGAGCGUGUGGACGGAAGUCGCCGGACGACCCGAUAUGACAUUGAUAUGACCAAGUGUAUCUACUGCGGCUACUGCCAGGAGAGUUGCCCUGUCGAUGCUAUUGUUGAGACCGCAAACGCAGAGUACGCUACCGAGACCCGCGAGGAGCUGUUAUACAACAAGGAGAAGCUCCUCGCCAACGGUGACAAGUGGGAGCCUGAGAUUGCUGCUGCCGCCAGAGCCGAUGCGCCUUACCGAUAA